AUGCCAGGUCUCACGAUAUCAACAGACUCGAUCUCUCCACGCGCAUCGAACACAACUGCGCCAUCCACGGCUACCACUGUUUCAGCCCCUGACGCUGCCGCUGCCUCCUCUACGGCCGGCACAGCAAACCCCCCCGCGCAGACCCCUCCGCGCUCCUCCCGCUCUUCAUCCCCCGCCCGGCCCCCCAUUAGCCCCAUAACACCGACCCUGCCCCCCGCUCGUCUUGCCGACCCGUCGGCCCCCUUUGCCGCCGACCGCCCUGUCCUCACUCACUCCACGCAGCCUCCCGCCGCCGCCGCCUCGGCUAUUCCCCCUCCGCGACCGGAGCCCAUCGACUUUGAUUCCAACCCGGACGUGUUGGCCCUCAAGUCGGCCAUCUCCAUCCUCCAGCUGCAGCAGAAGAAAGCCGCCGCUGACAUACAGGCUCUCAGUCAGGCAAAGAACGCUGCUAUCAGCGACCCAGCUGCCUUCCUCGCAGACCUUAGUACAGGCAAGGUGCAUGCGCAGGGCGACAAGCUGUUCCCAGAGUCUGAUUCUGAUUCGGAUGAUGAGGCAGAGAGCAAAGAAUCUAAACAUAGCUUGGCGGCAGGCUUCGAGAACAUGAAGGCGAGCGAUGGCGCCACAGAGCAGGCCAAGGCUCCAGAAAAGCCGCGGCCGUGGGAAUCUCUCCCCAAACCCCAGAACGUCGUGCGUUGUCCACCCAUCAACUGGUCGCAAUAUGCUGUAGUUGGGGAGUCAUUGGACAAACUGCACGCGGAUCAAAUAGCCAGGCCGAGCCAGGGCACGCCGGCGACCUUGGGGCCGACUGGGACCUACGAAUUCACGGGUGCCUCUGGUGGAAACCAACGCCCAUUUAUCGGUGUUGCAGCUCCUUAUACGCCCGGGAAGGACAGGAUUGACAAGAAGACAAAAGGAGGCAAGAGGUGA